GGAUACGAACGAAGGCCUCGUACCUUGGUGGAGUUUACGAAUCAGAACUCGAAAUAGCCGAGCGGAAUGGAGAAACACAGGGUGGUGGUGAUACAGGAUGCGUCCAGUGAGCUAAUAAGCCCGAGCGCCAUAAGGUGGGCUAUAGAUACGCUCAAGCUAAUAUCUGGAGAUAGGAUCACCCUUCUCGGAGUACUUCACCAGGUCGAUACACCGAUGGGAUACAAGUUCAAGGUGGACUCGAAUUCGAUGUUCGCAGCCAACAAGAAGAUGAUCAAGGAAGCAGUAGCCAGGAAGGUGCAGGAGUACCAGAGCAACACGGAAAUUAUGGACCUCGGCACGCUUUGUGAGUCUCGCGAGAUUGAUUUCAAGAUAGAGGUGGCUGCGGGAUCCUCACGGAAGGAGACGGCUGUAGAGUUAGCCUCGAAUUUGAAGGCGACAUGGGUGAUACUGGACAGGCAGAUGAGAAAAGACAAGAAGUACUUCCUACAGAAGUUGUCGUGCGGUAUAUCUCAGAUGAAGGAUGACAAUUCAGUUGAACUACUGAGAGGACGCAAGUCCACCGGAACUAUAAUUCGUCACCUGGUUCCCGUCCAGAAUCACGGGAUAAACGGUGAGGAAACAGUGCAGGCGCAGCCACCCCGAGCUGCACAGGAGCCAUCCCCGUCGGGACAGGAGCCAUCCCCAUCUUCACAGGAGCCAUCCCCAUCUUCACAGGAGCCAUCCGCAGCAGGCAAAGAACUACGCGGCAUAGAAAUAAGUCGAGAAGAGGUGGAUGAGUCGAGACAGAAUGAAGAUCCACCGACCACUGAAAGUGCCGGUGAUGAGGGUCCCCUCCAGACAUGGCAGGUUGAAAUCGGGGGAGGAGACUCGGGAUGUAAAUUUUGCAACAAUAAACGGCCUCAUUAUGGAUACAAAAGGGAUUUCACGUAUGAAGAACUCCACGACUCCACAGGAGGAUUUUCACCAGAAAACUGCCUGUCCAGCGAAGAAUUUGGAUCUGCUUUCAAAGGCGAGCUGGAAGACGGUAUGAAAAUAGUAGUAAAGAUGAAGAACAAUGUGUUCUUGGAUAAGGGCGAGUUCGAGUCCGAGGUGAAUGUGCUCUGCAGGGCUUGGCAUAAGAAUGUGAUCACGCUGCUGGGAUCGUGCGGAGAAGGAAACAGCAGGCUACUCGUGUACGAGUACGCAUGUAAUGGAUCACUGGAUCAGCACAUUUCAGAACAUAGCUCGAGACCAUUGACUUGGAGACGGAGAAUAAAUAUAGCACUGUCUGCGGCAAGAGGGCUGCGCCAUCUACACGAGAACCACAUAAUUCACAUGGAUAUCAGAUUGAACAACAUUCUUCUAACCCACUACUUCGAACCGCUGAUUGGAGAAUGGGGAAUCACGAGAAAAAAGUAUGACUCCGACAAGUUUUCAGAGGACAGGGUUCGAUACUCUGACUACCAAGCUCCAGAAUACACAGAUAACAGGAUGGUAUCGAGCAAAACAGAUGUUUAUUCCUUCGGGGUUGUUUUGCUGGAGCUGAUUACGGGGCGAAUCGUGAUGGAAAUGGCACUGAGAGAAACGAGUCUUUUGGACUGGGCAAGACCGUUGCUGAGCAACAAGAAGUACCUGGAAUUAGCGGAUUCCCGACUCGGCAAGUCCUACGAUCUGCAGCAGCUUCUCUGGAUGGUUCAAGUGACCCAGAACUGUCUCGCAAAGAAUCCUAAAAGACGGCUAAGCAUGGACCGGGUGGUAUCUGCUUUGGAAUUCAUAGCAGAGAAAAGCAUUGCAAUAAAGGAGCCUGCUGUGACCCAACAAGAUGCACAGGUUCCCGAGGACGGAGGAGAGCGGAGCUGAGCAUCCUUUCGAUUUGUCUAUUGAACAGAGAAUACAUUGAAUUCGAAAAUAAAUUGUGUAUCAAUAAAUAAAUAUCGCGGAUUUUGAAGCAUUUCCAUUGACUGAUAUUCAGUAAAGCUCGACCAUUCUUCUUAGACAGAAUCAAAGGCUGAGAUAUGUGUAACCAGAACAGCUGCGGGACUGAAUAUUCCGAAGGCUUUUGCUUAAGCUUAGAAUGACACGAUCAUGAAUGAAAGUAAGAACGGAAUAGAUAUCUUGCCUGUCUCCGGUGGGUGGUGGCGGUUCUGGAGAGCUGCCCUACAGGGCCGAGGAAGGCGAUCCGGGCUAGCUGGCGGGAACAUGGACAACUGUAUUACCUGCCAGUCGGGGUAGAUUAUGAUUUGUACCAUGAGUUUUUGUGCAAUACAAAUUCGAUCCCUGUACUUUUGAGUUUUGACCAUUUUGCACCUAUGAAGUG